GGGCGUGAUGGAGUGGAUGUGGGCGCUCGUGCUGCUGGCGGCGCUGGGCAGCGGGCAGGCGGAGCGCGACUGCCGCGUGAGCAGCUUCCGAGUGAAAGAGAACUUCGACAAGGCGCGCUUCGCGGGCACCUGGUAUGCCUUGGCGAAGAAGGACCCCGAGGGCCUCUUUCUGCAGGACAACAUCAUAGCCGAGUUCUCCGUGGAUGAGAAUGGCCAGAUGAGCGCCACCGCCAAGGGCAGAGUCCGCCUUUUGAACAACUGGGACGUGUGCGCAGACAUGGUGGGCACAUUUACAGACACCGAGGACCCUGCCAAGUUCAAGAUGAAGUACUGGGGCGUAGCAUCCUUCCUCCAGAGAGGACACGAUGACCACUGGAUCGUGGACACGGACUACGACACGUACGCCGUGCAGUACUCCUGCCGCCUCCUCAACCUCGACGGCACCUGCGCGGACAGCUACUCCUUCGUGUUCGCGCGCGACCCCCACGGGCUGCCCCCGGAAGUGCAGCGCACCGUGCGGCAGCUGCAGGAGGAGCUGUGCCUGGGCCGCAAGUACCGGCUGAUCGUGCACAACGGUUACUGUGAUGGCAGAUCAGAAAGAAACGCUUUGUAGCCACAUCUCGGAUAGAAAGCUCCAUUGGAAAACGUCCCGUCGUCAACUCUAAUCUGAUCUUCAAUUACCUCUAUUUAUCUUCAGAGCUUAGUGUGCCCCUCACCCCCCUCACUUUCCCUCAGGAACUAGGAGCCCUCAGGAAACACAGCAGAAUAUUCAUAGGGAUAUGUUUGCAGUCCAAUGGGUACCUUUACUGGGGUUUUUUGAAAAAGGAAUCGGAGGCCUAGGAUUCUCGCCUUUGAUUUAUUAAAAGAGUCACACGUUUCCUA